AUGCUCUCCGUCUCCCAGAUGAUCCAGAACCAGCUCGCCAAGCUCGCCGAGGUUGAGAAAUCUAUCUUUAUGGAGGAGCUCAAGGGCUCAGACGCGGGACGCAAGAAGUUUGUGCGCGAGUGGCAGGCGCGCCUCGAGAAGCUCGAAUCUGACGCGGGCACCGACCCGCUCAACACCUUUGAGGAUAUGAUCCGUCACCUACGUGAGCUCUACGGCAUGGUCAAGGAGGACGCGCACACGCUCUGUGGCACCGACUGGCUCGCACGUGUUUCCUCGCUCGAGGCAUGCGGCACCGUCAAGGCGGAGGACGUGAGCGCGCUCGGCAAGCUGCUCAACGAGCUGCAGAAGAAUGUGGCGGACGCGCGCGAGCUGAAGCAUGCGCUCGGCUCGCCCGUGCCGCUUAAGACGCUCGAGCUUUUCGCGGGCACCGCCCGUUUCUCGCGGGCGCUGAGCGAGCGCGGCUGCUAG